CAGAUAGUAUUUUAGUAGGCUAUUUGGGAACACUAAAAGUGAACAGCCGAUUUCAGUAUGCUGAAUCCCCCCAAAAAACUUGCAGGGUGCGACCAAUACCAUCUAGUCUCCCUCGACUUGACUCUUCACGAUUCGCCCACUAAACUGCUCUGGCGGCCGGGCGAACGCGCCGCGAGCUUGCGCUUGGUUUUACUGCGUUCCGGAGCUGGGUAUGAUGAAUUUACAUUCUUCAGGGAGUCAAGUUCACAACUUCAGUAUGACAUGACAUUUCGGCGUGUGUCUGGUGUUUUAGGUGCCACUUGUGUUGUAGCGAGUGCCAGUCUCGAUGUGUCCUGCGCUUGUCGCAAAAAUCAGACGGAAAUUAACAGCUUCUACGUUGAAAGCUUUGACGAUGAUGGCACGAAGACUCCAAGCUACUUUUCCUUGGACUGUGAGGAUGACGCAGAAGCCAAUGCCAAUCCUCCGGAACCCACGGCAAGUUCUUUGAAGAGCAGUGCUUUUUUAGAAGGCAGGCAUCCUUCCUUGGGAAAACAAGUCGUCAAUGGCCCAACACAACCCCGGAAUGAGAUUCACCACUAA